UUCAUUCCGGGGUGCUCCACGGACGUACGUUGGAGUCUCGAGCCGUCUACAGCCUCAGAUACAUUUGGGUUGGCAUUCCAGUCGCUGUCUUGCCUUCGGUGUUUGUGCCUGUCUUCAUCUCCAGACGUGUGGCGUUUUGAGUAUCUCCCUUGAGACUACGAGCUAUGAGUACAUUGCUAACGGUCAUUCGUUUCAAGCUUGGAUAGUGGCGGUUGCCUGCAGGGGGUUGUGUCCGCACGUUCCAUAGGAAUUCCGGUCGGUAUAGGGUCAGGCGAGUGAGUCCUUGCUGAGUCCUAUCAGCAGUCGUCAGUUGCAGCAUUCGAUUGCGAGUGAGUGCGUGUUUGCGUGCGGAUUCGACUAAUUCAAGUCCUCAAACGGAAAGGAAGGAACAUAAGAAACGCGAAAAUUUAACGACUUUUUUACAACAAGGAAGAGGCGUUUAGGUAGUACGUCCUCCUUCAAUAGUAGGUGGAAAUUCGAUUCCGUACCGGACCUCGGUCAAGGAGCGGUUUGUUUGAAGUGGCAAUCGUGGUCGUACAUUCAUCGCCCGCAAGGCUAUUCGUGACAGAAUAUCUCAUCCCCCUAAGCCAAUAAUGUCCUUCAUGCCUGGCGUUCGCCGUUUAUCGGUUACGUGACCCCAAGUGCAGGAAGGUGGCACAAUUGAAUCAUAUGUGCAAGUGGGUGGCCAAGGUGUGCAAUGCAGUGAAUAACACAAGGAGGCAAGCUCUGAAGUGAAAGUGCUCCCUCGAGGAUACGUACAAGCCCAUCCUCAGCGUGGGGACACAAUUAAGAAAUCUUAACGAGAUUCCGUGCUCCUUUACGGAUGCCAGAAUGUUUUGAUGUUGGCAAACAGUGUGAAGGUGUCGACAAGUGGUGGGUGAUGCGUGCGUACGUGUCUACAUUUUCUGCAUGUGCGAAAAUUCAAGUGUUUUUUCUUCUGCCUACUGUUCCGGGAAAGCAUCAUCUCAGCGAGUGUCUUGAAAGUGUGAAAUUAUCCGUUGAAGAUUAGAUUUUCGUUAAUAAUCCAACGUCAGAGGUUUUAGAGUCGAAGCGACGUGUGUUUCAGAUAUAUAUAUUUUUUGGUGUUCCAAUUACUCGCUUUACUCCUUUAAUGGUUGUAGCAAGGACGACAAGUGAAUGUGAGGUGUAGGUUUUGUCCCUGUGUACAUACAUAUUUCUUCCAUACAUUCCUUCGAGAAAGCAUAUUGCGGCAACUGUUUCACCUUAAGUCGCAGACCGGCAGGGAACGUCCUGAAUAGGAAAUUGCGAUUUUCACUCCCCAGGAAGUUAUUGGAUUACUAAUGAAUGUAAUUGGCAGCAACGGAUUUUCAUUCCUAUUCGCUUGUUACUAAAUCAUGAUUCUCAGAAGAUCUGGAUAGAAACCAUGGACGACAGAAAAACCAUCUUCUCAACAACGGCAGCAAUAUUGUUGAUUACAAUUAGUCUAGUAAUUUUUAGUGUAAGGACAACAACAGCUAAAAGACUCAAUGCCAGCGAAGCAUUUGACAACACGUGGCCGAGUGAAAACGAACUGGAAAAUGAGUUAGAGCAAAAACGUAGUAAAAACCAAGCAUGGUCCGCCUGGUCGGAUUGGUCAACGUGUUCAAGAUCCUGUGAUGGUGGUAUUGCUCAACAGCUAAGGAGAUGUCACUCGCCCAAUGGUUGCCGGGGUGAGAGUAUACGAUUUAAAAUAUGUAAUAUGCAACCAUGUCCUGAAUCACAAGAUUUUCGAGCACAUCAAUGUAUGGCGUACGAUGAUGUCCCUUAUGACGGGACGUUGUUCAAAUGGACACCACACUAUGAUUAUUUGGAGCCAUGCGCGCUAACUUGCAGGGGACGACCAGCUCAUUUGCCAGAUGAUGAGACAGUAGUUGAGACGGACAGUGCUGAUGGAUCGGAAUCCUUUGAUGAACCAAGUGUUAUAGUGCAACUUACGAAUAGGGUGCAAGAUGGGACGAGAUGUCGACCAGGAAGUUUGGAUAUGUGCAUUCAGGGAAAGUGUCAGCGUGUCGGUUGCGAUUUGAAAAUUGGCUCAGCGAAAAAAGUGGAUGCGUGUGGAGUGUGCGGCGGUGAUGGGAGUUCGUGUUCGCAACCCCUCUAUCAUUGGGAGAUGGCAGCGAUGUCACUAUGUUCGGUAACAUGUGGUGGAGGUUAUAAAAUGUCACGACCGAAAUGUCGAAAUCGUGUAACUGGUGAAGAUGUUGAAGAUUCACUUUGCAGUGCCGUAGUGCAACCAGAGCCAGCUAUCGUCAAGUGCAAUACCCACUUGUGUCCUGCCAGGUGGAUUGUGGAAGAAUGGGGACCAUGCACUAAAUCGUGUGGAGGCGGUUAUCGUGAACGUGCAGUUGUCUGUGCCGAGGAGAGUAAUGGCGUUAAAUCUAAAAUUCCAGACGAUAUAUGUCGAACACCGAAACCACCCACCCGGGAAAGCUGCAAUUUGCAUGAAUGCCCCAAGUGGGUACCGACUGAAUGGUCGGGGUGUUCAGUGUCGUGUGGCACCGGAAUUCAAGUACGCGGUGUUGAAUGCAUGGAUUCGCAUGGAAAACUAAGUACACAAUGUAAUCCGCAUACGAAACCGCCAGCGGAACAAGUCUGUACGACUGGGAUUUCAUGUGAACACAGUUUAUAUGAUGUCGAGGACACAAGUCAUAGUGAAGAGGAGAAUUCAGAUCAGGUUUCCUAUAACGAUCAACCUUACUACUCCCACUGGCAGUCGCAGGCGGCACAUCAUGAGGAAAUGCCACCACUCUCGGAACGACGCCCAAUGUCUGAGCAGAAGUCAUCAAGUGAACCAUCAUUCAUGAAGGAAACCGAAUGGUCACCGUGCAAUGCAACCUGUGGCGAAGGAUACCGAACGCGUAAAUACGUUUGCAAAAUUCUUCUUGAAUUCUCCAAAACACUGGCAACAUUAAACGACUCUUUAUGUGAAGGACCAAAACCACCCGAUGAAAUCGAGCGAUGUAUCGUUGAGCCUUGCUCCCUUGCCUUCGGCUACGAUGAAUCCUAUCCAAAAGAUUCAAUACGUGUUGGAGUUUCCGAACCAGGCAAAACUUAUGUAUGGCGAGAACAAGGUUACACAAGUUGCAGUGCAUCCUGUUUGGGAGGUGUCGAGGAAUUAAUUAUUCAAUGUGUUCGAGAAGACACCGGCAAAGGGGUAUCUCCGUAUUUAUGCUCACCCGAAACAAAACCAGAGGCAAGAGUUCGUACCUGUAAUGACCGACCGUGUCCACCUCGAUGGAAUUACUCGGACUUCACGCCAUGCUCGAAAUCCUGUGGUAUUGGAAUUCGAACCAGAGAGGUGACUUGUAUUCACGAAGUCACAAGAGGUGGGGAGAAUACAAUGGUUGUCCCGAAUACAAUGUGCCCGCAACCACCUCCAGCUGAUAGACAAUACUGCAAUGUCCUUGAUUGUCCGGUUCGAUGGGAAGUUUCCGAAUGGUCGAAAUGCUCACAGUCCUGCGGUUAUGGGAUCAAGGAGCGUCGCGUUGAAUGCAAACAGAUUAUGGCCCAGGAACAUAAAAUCGAACGGCCUGAAUCGAUGUGUCCUAGUGCACGACCCCCAGAUAAGAAACCAUGCAAUGUUAAACCUUGCCCACCGGAAGAUCCUAGGCCCACAAUAUCCGUUAGCAACUCCACAUACAUUCAGCAUGACCCGAAAAAGACGAAAAUCACAUUGAAAAUCGGGGGCGCUGCUGAGGUUUUUUUUGGGACACAGGUCAAAAUCAAAUGUCCUGUCAAGCGAUACAAUCGGACGAAAAUCCGUUGGAGCAAGGACCAUAAGUUUCUCACGAAAUCGAAGAAAAUCAAAAUUUCGAAGAAAGGAGCAUUACGAAUUUUAGGAAUAACAUUCCGCGAUGCCGGCGUUUAUAUGUGCCACGCAGGACUAAGUACGGCCGAGAUUAAUAUCGAUGUAAAGCCAAAACCAGGAGGCGUUCAACCAGACGUGGAUUACAGUAACUUGAAGGAGGAUUCGGACCGCUCAGUUCGGGAUAGAAGUGGGACGGAAUUUCUCACUUCGGCGGAUAACACUGAAAAAAGCACAACUAACAGCCGAAAAAAGUUACGUGAACGAAGCAGAAAUCGACAAAAGCCAGAUGGUAUGCAGCAUGCCGAUAGCAGCAUAAUGGACGACGAGUCACAGCCAACGGAACGUCUAAAAGAUGGUCUGCCACAGACAGCAGCAAGUAGUGCAGGAAGUCGUUCAGUUAAGAUACCAUCGAUGCCUCAUUUUCGGGCUCUCUUGAAUAGUUUACAGUAUCUGUGGCCAUUACAGAGCUUCAGUAAUUCACCAGGACAUCACGUUCUCAUUGAAAAAGGACUCGACUUCGGAAUUGAACUAGAACAAUUGGAAAAGGACGAACCAGUAAAAGCUUUCAAUAUUAGUGAUAUAUUUUCAACAACCACCGAAGAUGCAGUCCUCCUAGGACGUGGUGAUAAAAAGGACCUUCAAUUCGAAUGGAUGACAACACCGUGGUCGGAAUGUUCACAGACUUGCGGUCUCGAGGAAGGACUAAGAAGACGUUCGAUUUACUGCAUGGUGAAACUGCACAACACAACUCAAAGUGUUGACAAUGCUCUAUGUGAAGAUGCAGGACUUGAGAUUCCCGACGCCUUUGAGUCGUGUGGACAAGAAGAGUGUCCUCGAUGGGUAAUAGGAUCCUGGACGCUUUGUCAGCGAUCUCGGUGUAUUGGUCGAAAUACGGCAAUUCAAAAGCGGGAUAUUGUCUGCAGAUUUCCUAACGACACACAUAGUAAUAAAUGUGAUGAAGGAGAACGCCCGCUCGACCGGCAGGAGUGUUAUAACGAGCUUUGCAAAGGCGUUUGGAGAGUGGAGCCGUGGUCACAGUGCAAUGCUCAAUGCGGUUCCCAAGGUAUCAAAUACAGAAUCCUCCAGUGUGUGUGGUAUGGCACACGAAGGCCAGCCGGCAACGCUUGCAGAAAUCAACCCCGGCCGGCUGUGAUGAAAGUGUGUAAAGGUGCUCCAUGUAUGUCAAAUUUAUCUGAAUGCAAAGAUACAUCUCGUUACUGUCGCAACGUUCGCUCAAUGGGUCUUUGUCGGCUACAUCGUUACCAACAAAAGUGCUGCAAAUCGUGUAAAUUUAAUAUAUAUAAUUAGUUAAAAGUAUUGUCAUAGUCUUAAGCCCAAAUAGUAUUUUAGUUUAUAAACUAUGCAAAGUUUAGAAUUGAAUGAAAUAAUAUAUUUUAGGAUAUAAAUAAUAAAUUGUAAAAUUAUUCCAGUAAAAAAAACCGCUAAAAAAAAUUUCAGAUUCAAUUAGAACUGAUUGAAUUUGGAAGAAAUUAUGAUGAAAAAAAAAACAACUAAUUAUUUUACAACGCCACACCAAGUUGAAUGUAAAACCAAACAUAAUUCAAUUAAAUUGUAACAAUUAUCUAGAGAAAUUAUAGAUACGUAUAGGGAAAUUAGGUAUGUACCGUUGCAAAACAAAUAGGUCAAAUUGAGAACAAACGUAGGGUAAUGGCAUAAGUAACGAAUAAAGGAAAUUUUUAUAUAAAAAAAAAGAUAGGACGCCGAACAAUUGAUGAACAAUACUCGAAGUAUGUUAUGAAAGUAUCUCACCAGUAUCGAAUAAGUGACAUAAAUAUUUCUGUAUAUCUGACACUUCAGAUUAGAAGACAAUUAAACAAAUUAAUUCGAGGCUUUUGUUAACUAUUUCAGUUUCAAACCAUUACGCAAAACUGUAAAUCUAAACCAAGAUACAAACUAACAAUUAAAUUGAAUAGUUUAGAACUGUCUGUCUCAGUACCGAUGGAAAUAUAUUAUUUUUAACGAGUUAUAUCAAUAUGUAUCUAUGCUUAAAUUUGAAGCAGAACAACCAGCUAAAGAUGUAAAUUUACCUUUUCUCUAUGAAUCUACUGUAACCCUACUCGGCUUAAUGUUAAAUAAUAAGGAGUAAAACACGGACUAAGUAUUUAGAACGAAACGAAAAGAGCAAAUUUACAUUUUUGUAUAAAUUUAUUGGAAAAGAUAGGCGAAUAUAACAAUGAAAUCAUAUAUAAAUAAACAAUACCAGAAUAAAACAAAUGAACUGUACUAUGGAAAAUAUAAAUCCCAAAGUGACGAAAGAGAAUAAAUAACAAUAUUGAAAUAUGCUGUAUUGAUAGAGCAAUAAACUGACUGAAUAAUUAUUUAUUAUAUUGAACCAUGUUGGUUAGAAACCAAUGCAAAGUUUUAUGGAAACUAGCUAAAUCCAAAAAAUAACUGAACCAUUUAUUAUAUUCCAAUGUUUGAUUACUCAAUAUUGUUAUAAAAAGCGAAAAAAUAUGAUACUAAAAAGUAUUUUGAAAAGUGUUAAUUUAUUGCUUCGCUUUUUUUCAAUUUUAUCUAAAAAAAUGUUGGAUUAUUUAAACUCUAGAAAAUCAACGAAUCAGUUUUGGAUUCUUCUCCAAUUCAGGCUUAUGUUUACCAGCCCAAGAAGUAUUCUGUAAUAUAAUUAUUAUAUCAAAAACUCGGUAUUACCAUAAAAUGUAAGUUAAAUAUACAAACUAACACAAAAUUGUACAUCAAAACCAUGCACUCACCCUGCUCACUGACAGAUACCUAAACAAAAUAUAAAUGGAAUAACCAGAAAAAUAGCAACAGGGGUUGAACUCAUCCAGAUCUAGUGGUAUAAACAAACAAUAAUCUCUCUAUCGCUGCUAUACGUAU